AUGAGUAAACCAAAGUCGGCUAUUUCAAGUUUCUCUCCAAGUAAGGAGAUUAUGGACUUAAAGUCUUUAAAGUGCCAGAGAACUGUUGCAAAAACCAGCAUAGUGCGCAUAAAAACGGGUCUCCUUGAAAAGACCAUGUCGCUAGAUCCAAUCGAAUUGGAGUGCGGACUCGACAUAUUGAACUCCCACAGCGAAAAACUCAUGAAAUGUCAGUCGAAAAUUGAGGAAAUCGACGAAGAAGACAUUGCCCGUGGAGAGUUAGAGGACUUAAUUGUAGAAACAAAGUCCAUUAUAAAGUCCAUUCUGGCGAGAAAUAAAUCGUCAAUUGCCGAAGCAUCUUUUAUUGCACCUCACAGCUCGCGACUACCAAAAAUUUCGUUACCUACAUUCAAAGGAGAAUAUUCCGAAUUUAAAAACUUUAUGAGUCUGUUUAAGAGUUUCGUGCACAAUGAUCCCACAAUCCCGGAUAUUGAAAAAUUUAAUCAUUUAGUAUCAUGUCUAUACGGUAAAGCCUUAGGCACAGUAAAGUCCUUCCAAAUGUCGGAAGAAAAUUAUCCAAAGGCGUUGGCAAGUUUGAGAAAGGUGUAUGACAAUAAAUGCCUGAUAUUCUUUAAUACAGUGUCUAAACUUUUUGAAUUGUAA